UUUGGAUUUUGGGGGGGAUUUUGAUGGUUUAUUUUUCAUGAAUUUAAGCUUAAAUUUUCACACAGAUUUUGUUAUGGAAUGUCAUCAACUUUUUUUAUUUUUAUUACUUUUCUUUUGUCAUUUUCAAUUAAUUAAAACUGCCCCCUCUUUCGAUGACAACGAAUUUGCUGAAUUUGAAAUUGAUGAGGAACCUCAAGUUUCCUUUGCUAAUAAUGAUGUUAAAGAAGAAGAACGAGAAAAAGUGGAUGAAGUAAAGGAGGCUAGUAGAGAAGCAGCUAAACAGACAGACACAACCGAAGAUUUUUCCUUCCUGGCAGAUGAAGACGAAUUUGAACAGGCCGAAAAAGAUUUGGAAGCAAAUCAGGGUGAAGCUGAUACUGCUGGGAAACAAAGCGAUACUAUUAAACCGUUGACUUUUGCUGAUGUUCCUUCACAUUUUCGUUCAAAUUGGUCUAGUUAUCAAAUUGAGUCAAUAGCUCUUUUUGUAAUUAUUAUUUAUGUAAUCAAUUAUUUAUAUGGAAAAACCAAAAAUUAUUCUAUUGCUUUAAAGUGGUUUUCCGACAACCGUGAAAAGUUGGAACAACAAUUUGCGUUGGUAGGGGAUGAUGGAACAAGCACAGAAGAAAUGGAAGGCCAUUUAAUCAGAGAAACUGAAUUUUCCUAUACUGUUUGGAGUACUGGAAGGACUGGUUGUAAAGGAAUGCUGACUCAAAUUAAGGUUUAUAAAACUUGUCGGAGGGAUUUUGGAUUUUUGGGGAAAUCACUGGUUUGGGAGAAAAAAGAGUCGGGUUGGGUUCUGGAUGGAUCUAAAUGUUUGGGUAUUGGAUUUCAGCUUCGUAAAAGACAAGAUUUACUCGGUAUUUUGCUCAAUAUAAUCAGACCUCAACCUGACAGAGUUGUUCACAAAAUAGAUAUGGACCCAAAUGAAAUGGAUUCUUUUGUUCUUAUUUUUGGACAAAGAAAAAGUGUUUUGAGGGCUGUGAAGGAAAUGCAUGAUUUGUCAGUUUAUGUGACAGAAAAGAAAAAUUUUGAGAAAUUACAAUUGCUCCCUUCUUUUUGUGUUUAUGCUGAAGUUGCUGAAAUUGUCCCAGCAAUAAUAGAUUCAACAACCGUUCAUUUUCUCAAGCGUUGUGAAAAAUAUAUAGAAUAUGUCCAUAUUUCUGACCAAUAUUCUGGGGCUAAACAACAAGAUGGACAAAAUUCAUCAAAAUUACCAGAAACUCACCCUACCCUUAUUUUUAGCUUUAUUUUAAAUUCGGACAAUGAUGAUACUUCAAUAGACGAACUUUUGUUAAAUUUUACUUUUUAUAUUUUGGAAAGGGUCAAAAAUUAUCGAUUAAGGUAG